AGAAUUAAUUUUUCUCCUUAACUUCACGGAAUCAAACAUUUUCAUCGGUAUCGGGAAUUGUUGUGUGAAUUUAACUCGAAUUUUUCAAUACUUUGGGAGAAAAUUCGUUGAUUUUAUAAAUGAAGCCGACACGGAAUUGUGUGUGCCAACACUUUUGAUCAGAUGAAUGACGAGAGCAACAACCAAGUAUGUUUGAAAGGCAAGAAUUGCUCGUCUUUAGGAACAAUAUUGAGCAAGCCGAGCAGUUCAACAGCAACAGUAGCAGUUUCGCCCUCAACGACACACUCGCAACAACGGUCAAUUUCGCGUGCAACGGCGUAGUGUUGAAGCGUCAAUUUCAAAACUCAUAGUAACUAGUCCAACGAACGACAGACGGUCGAUUGGUACGACCUCAUCUGUGGCUACUAAAAUCGUCUUCUAGUAGUUUCGAGCUUUAGCCAGACCACACACACCCACAACGUACCCAGCAGAGAGUUUAGAGCAUUCCGGCUUGUAAUUGCAAUGCUGUUAAUUGGCGCCCUGGCCUUGGGUUUAGUUGAAUCAACAAAUUCCAAUUUGGGCAUUAACAGUUUACCCUCCAGUACAGCGUCUAGCAAUAGUGUUGGUGCCAGUGAUGGAAAUGCUGUGAUCGAUGGUGUACCUUCGGCUGUUUCGAUAUUCCUACAUCCGACGAUGAAUGCGGCAAUAGGAAGCAAUGGGAAUAUAAACGGCGGUGGCCUAAUGGUAGCAAAUGGCGGCGGCGCUGGCGGUAGUUCAGUUUCAUGGGACAGCAAUGCCACAAUACGCUCAGCUAGUCCGGGAGACUGGUCAAUUGAACAGUGCCUAAUAUGGCAGAGACCCCACCACAUGUACUUUCAGCUGGGAAAUGCCUUUUUGCUGUUGGCAUUUUUAGCUCCGCACCGGCCAUUCGGAAUACUAUGGCUGCGUUCAAUGCUCGUGGUUGCAGCUGUGCUGCUAGCGAUGUAUGGCUAUUUAAUAGAUUGUGCCCAAGAUGUUGUACUCUGGUCGUCAUUAUUCUUUGGCAUCAACAUCAUAUACCUGAUUAUAGCGCUGUGUCGAUUGCGGCCUGUCCGUUUUGAACGAGAAAUAGAUGCGGUCUAUGAGGCUCUCUUUAAACCACUACAUGUAUCUAGGCAUCAAUUUAAAAAAGUUUUAAACUGUAUGAAAAUUAUAAGAGCUUUAAAAUAUCAAGAAGUCUAUGCACAGGAGAAAGUCACAAAAGUGGACAGUCUGUCGCUAGUGCUGUCGGGAAAAUUGGUAGUGUCACAGAAUCAAAGAGCACUGCACAUUGUGUUUCCGCAUCAGUUCCUAGAUUCUCCAGAAUGGUUCGGUGUAUCAACAGAUGAUUACUUUCAGGUUUCUAUAAUGGCCAUGGAAGAAUCAAGGGUGUUAAUAUGGCAUCGGGACAAAUUAAAAUUGUCCAUAAUGUCUGAACCAUUUCUGCAAACAGUUUUUGACCAUAUACUGGGACGUGAUGUGGUCAAGAAGCUUAUGCAAGUAACACAGGUUAGCGAGUCAAUUGCCAGUAAUGGAUUUCUGCCAUCGGGUAGUUACGACGAUGCAGAAGACAAACCCAUGCUGAUAUUAAAAAAGAGUGCCGAAGGACACAGUUUAACAGCUUUAAUAAAUCGACAAUUACAAGCCCUCCCACGGAUAUCAAGGUACUAUGAAAGUGUAGGGGAUCCAAACUCAUGGCGUUUGGGACGCAUAGACGAGACUGAUACUGAAACGGCCGUAUGAGUACGCAAGAAAAAAACACUACUGAUAUUAAAGAAUAGUGCUCGUCGACCCCGUAAGUUUAGACUUUGAGAUUAUUUUGAGUAUUAUUAGUGUUUAAGGACUUUACUUUUUAUUAUUCAACGAAUAGUGUUGUACUACUUUAAUAAGCCCAUGCACACACACACAUACGACAAUACGAAAGAAUAUUUCUCAAUAUUGAAGGUUUAAAGGAAUUCCAUUCUAGCGGAGGGGGAAAUUCUGAAAAAAAACUACCAUGCGUUAAUUUCCUAAGAUGAAUACUGAGAGUCAUUUUUAAAUUUCUACACUUCAAAUGUGGCAAUCCGGCAAACCUUACUAAUGUUAGUCAAAUAUUAGGCUUUGGUAACCAAAUAAUAAUUUCAUUGUUAUUCGGCACUAUUACGGUUGUCGUCGCAAAAUGAAGUCGAGGCGACAACAACGAUAUUAGGGUUGUCAUUUUUUGUCGAUAGCGACGAAUGAUUGCUAUUAUCAUUGUCGAUACAACUGUCGACUUGAAGUCGUUUCUAGAGAAUAUCUAUCGCCGUAAAAAAAUUGUGACGACAUUGUAUUUUUAGUCGACGUUGAUAUUUUAACCAUUUGGUAUUUGACAUUUGACCAUGAAAAUAACAACAGCAAAAUAAUUUUGAAAUAUUGAAGUCAUUUCCGACACUGGUCUACUAGUAAAAUCUCUUCCAUUUUUUCCAGAGGUAGGUAUUUUGAGUCCGGGAAACUAUUUAAAUAAUUCCACAGAUUUUUGAGUACGGGUUCAAGACCCGUGCUUGACCCGGAUCUACUUACCCGUUGUAGGCUAUAUCUUUAUUGCUUAAGAAAAUACCAAUCCACAUUAUGGGGCCGAAUGACGGCUACUUACAACAGUAAAAUUUAAAAAACUUUAGUUCGCGUAGCCGGUUGAACAUACCCAGAAAAGAAUAUCUCUGGACCCAGAAAAGGUUUUAGCACAAAUUGUAGCAUUUUGGAAAGUUAAGAGUGACAGCUAUUAUUUGGCAUACAUUUUGUUAACCCCCAUAAUGGGGCCUUUUUCGACUUUUUGGGGAUUUUAUAAAAAUCCAUAAUUUGACUAUAACCUUUUUAAACAACCCCUUCAUAAUAUAUUGGGUAAGUGGGUCCGGAUUUAGCCCGGAUCUUGGACCCGGACUAUCGUGUCAAAAAAAAGUAUCCCGGAAUCCGGUUUUAAUACCUACCACUGGAAAAAAAAUAAAGGUAUUAGUACAAAUUGUAGCAUUUUGGAAAGUUAAGAGUGACAGCUAUAAUUUGGCAUACAUUUUGUUAACCCCUAUAAUGGGGCCUUUUUCGACUUUUUGGGGAUUUUAUAAAAAUCCAUAAUUUGACUAUAACUUCUGAACCUUUUUAAACAACCCCUUCAUAAUGUAUUGGGUAAGUGGGUCCGGAUUUAGCCCGGAUCUUGGACCCGGACUAUCGUGUCAAAAAAAAAGUAUCCCGGAAUCCGGUUUUAAUACCUACCACUGGAAAAAAAAUAUUUUUAUUUUUCUUCAAAAGUCUGCUGGGUCUCAUUAAUUUAAAUUGAACCGGGCUUUUGACCAAAUUAAGUUUCGAUUGCAAUUCGCAUGAAACGAGUUUCGCAGAAACCGAAAACGAAUGGUACGAAAAUAAAACAAAACUUAUUAAAGUAGUACAACUAAUAUUUAGAGAAAUUUGUUAUAUAUAUUAUAAAUGAAUAUUUUUUUCAUAUUUACAAAUUUAAGCAAAUCUAGUAUAUAAUGUACGUAUGUGUGUGAAUGUGGAGAGAAGAACACAAUGAAAACAUCAAAAGCAAAAAACAAA